UUUAUUUUGUUUAUUUGGUUUUUCAGUUUGAGAACAUAGUGGCUAGUGAAGAUGAAGUAUCUAAAUGCAGGCUUCAUGAACCUCGUGAUUACAAUGCUGAAAUUUUGAAAUUGGAGCCUAAAGGAUCAAGUCAUGGUCUAGACAUGUUGACCAAUGAAGUUAUUGAAUUGAGAAAAGAACUUGUAAAGGUGAAUGAAAAUAACAAAGCACUUGAAGAGAAGAUUGAUUUAGGAUUUAAUGAAAUCAAAGAAUUUGUGGUGAAUUCUAACAAACAAUUAUUGGAGGAUAUUUCUUUGUUGUUUGCUAAGAAUGGUGGCAGCAGCUCUGUUAUCAGAGAAGUCAGGGAACCAUCUAAGAAGCAGGCUGGCGAGACGUUUUCGGGUGGAUUAGAUUUCAAUGGAGGUUUCUUUAUAUUUUCAAUACAUUUCUGUUAUAGUCAUAAUAUACUUUUAAUAUGUUUUUCUUAUAAUAUGUGUUAAUUACAUAUACAGCAUUCUCUCCCUAUGUUAAUGCAUCUGUAAAUGAAUCAAGAGGUCACGAUGCUCAUGUUAUGAGAUCAAAUCAAAAUGAAGAAUCUCAAGUGCUUAAAACUUCAGUUAGAUUUGCUGACGUUGAAAAUUUUGAAAGAG